GUGCGGGUCGGAACCUUUGCGGCUUUGCGGAUCGUAUCUUCCGCCGGAAAAUACGGCCUCCGAAACAGUAAUUAAACGACAACAAACGAUUUUUGGACGGCUGAAGUUCGGUGUGAUAUGAUAUUACCGCUAUGAACGUACGGACGUAUGUUACGAGUUGUUGCUUUAUUGAUUAAAAUUGCUCGUGGCUUUUGUUAUUAUCAUUUAUCAAUUAUUUUUACCCUCAAAUCUCAAUUUUGUAUUUUUUUCUAUGGUAUUUCUCGGCUAUUAUUAUUAUUAUUUUAUAUUUGUUUUUCCGAAAUGCCGUUGACCGAUGUACUAUCCACGCUGGGCGACAAUCCGUACUUUGGCGCGGGGUUCGGUCUCUUUGGGAUCGGUCUCGGAGCAGCAUUGUUACGCAAGGGUGCGUCGACUGGUCUCGUGUUGUUCCGUCGAAAUUUCAUGAUGACCCUGGAAGUACCGUGCCGCGACAAAAGUUAUCAAUGGGUAUUACUGUGGGUCACCCAAAAGGCGGCCCGGCGCACUCAACAUUUGAGCGUGGAGACAACCUUUGAACAAAUGGACACAGGACGGGUGAACACGACGUAUCAUUUCUUGCCCAGUAUAGGCGUACACCUAAUCGAGUAAUAUAAUGGUUUUAUAUCUCGUGACUGAAGCUCUUGGUCGGCUACUUCCUCGUUUUCUCCAGGGGAAGGGGUGUCAUGAUGAGACUGAUUUUAAAAUUUAAAAUAUGAAAAUUAUGAAAAUGGUCAUUAAUACAUUUAUCUACAAACCUGUAAAAAAAUUCAAUGUGGCACACAAAAACGAAAACCAAUUGGUAAAUCACAGUAACAAUGGUAUUAAUAAAUACUAAUCAUAUAAUAUAUUUUAAAUAACUUUUUCAAUUAAAUUGGUACCCAACAAUAAUUAUCAGGAACAACUUUCUGAUUAAAAUAAUCGAUAAAUAUAUGGGAGUUUACAGAAACAUUGCCAUACUGGGCUAAUAAUGUUUAGUUACAGAUAUAGUUAAAUAUGUAUAUUUUUCGUUGUUUAAAAUUUUUUAAAAUUCAACAUUCAAUUAAUUUGUAGUUUUGAUAAUCUCACACCUAUGAUCUAAUAGGUUUAUUAAAUGAUGAAAUAUAAAUAAUUGUGUUAAUUAAAAUAAAAUAAAUGUAUUGAAUAGUUUUAGUGAAGUCUUAUUUGUUUAAAAAACGACCUUACCCCUUCCUCUUAAAUGGGUAUUGGAUAGAAGAUCAAUUAAAGUAUUAUCAUUAAGGUGCUCAUUAAAAUGUUAAAAUAGUUUUUUGAAUUUUACAAAAUUUGGAAAACCGACACCAGGCUCCUUAAAAUUAAAAUUGGUUAACAUUAGUUUUUGUAUUAAAGAUGUAUGUACUUAAAAUUGAUUUGUUUUAAUGUUUAAUAAAAUAAAUUGCUAUCUGUAGGUAUAAUGGUAAAUAUAUUCAAGUAACUCGAACAAGGGAACAACAAUCAUUAGAUCUACACGCAGGUGUUCCGUGGGAAAAUGUUGUAUUAACAGCAUUUGGUACAAAUAAGUCACUGUUCACAAAUAUACUAGAAGAAGGUAAAAUGUAAACUGUACAUUCUUUUAAAACAUUUAUUGAUUUAGGUUUUUUUGCCAGGUAGCUCGUCAAAUGGCUUUAAAAACGAUGGAAGGCCGUACUAUAGUAUACACCGCAUUGGGAUCAGAGUGGCGUCCAUUUGGACAUCCACAAAAACCUAGGCCACUGUCAUCAGUAGUAUUAGAUGAAGGUGUUUCUGAGAGAAUAUUGAAGGAUAUACAAAAGUUUAUUGCCAAACCGUAUUGGUAUAUUGAACGCGGUAUACCAUAUAGAAGAGGUUAUUUGUUACACGGUCCACCUGGUUGUGGAAAAACAUCAUUUAUAAAAGCUUUAGCUGGAGAGUUGCAAUACGGUGUUUGUUUAUUAAAUUUAAGUGAACGUGGACUUACAGAUGAUAGACUGAACUAUUUAAUGACUGCUGCUCCACAAAGUACAAUUAUAUUAUUAGAAGAUGUGGAUGCAGCAUUUGGUGGGCGACAUGAAUCAAAACAAGGUAAAUUAUUGAGAUUAUUUUAUGUUUGUUAAUUAUAGUAUCAUUGUGAAUUUAUCUGAUUCUAUUGUUCAAUUUCACUUUAGUUGCUACAGCUUAUGAAGGACUGAGUCGUGUAACAUUAAGUGGUUUAUUGAAUGCUCUUGAUGGAGCGGCUUCAUCUGAAGCCAGAAUAUUAUUUAUGACCACCAAUUACAUUGAUAGGUAAGCAAAGUGACAAUAUAUUAUUAUACUUUGAUUGUGUUUACUAAAAAUUUAUUUGAUUUUAAGAUUGGAUGCUGCAUUAAUAAGACCUGGUAGAGUGGAUCUUAAAGAAUAUAUAGGUCAUUGUUCACAGUCACAAAUUGAGCGAAUGUACCAUCGAUUUUUCUUAGAUAAUAAUGACAAUGAACAACGUGCUAAAGAAUUUGCAGAGAUUGUUAUCAAAACAGGAAAACCUGUGAGUGCAGCUCAAAUACAAGGAUAUUUUAUGCUGGUGGAAGAGUAUUCACAUAAUGAAAUAAUUCAGAAUCAUCAACGCAUAUGGGAAUCUAAAUAAUUCAAUUUAUAUGAAUUUGUUUAUUAUUUUGUUGCUCAUUUUUUCAAAAAAUGUAGUCAAUUAAAAAAAAAUAAUCUUUAAUUAUUGAGCCAUUUGUGAGAGUACCAUUUUACCAUGUUGAACUGAUAGUCAAAUAUAAUUUAUUUUUGAAAUAUCUAUU